AUGGUUUGCUCCAAUCUAAUCGUGUUAGCCUUGAUAAACCUUAUCCCAGCUCUACAUGGUGCGCUCACUCAGAUCGCACGCCAGCCAAGACCCAUCGGCCAAAUUCCUUCUGCACUGGAUCACGUGGAUGACUUUGCUAGGAGCUACCUUCAUUCAAACGAAAAACCAUAUCCAAGCGCAUUGAUAGUCUUUGACAAUAACGGUCCACUUGUACCCAACAAGGAUCCCGAAAUACCAGGCAGUGGUCCGACCGCCCAACACGUGGCUAAGGCCAAGGAGUUGUUGACGAGAUUGGCCAGUGACCGAAACAACUGUGUCUGGGUCAUCACGGCGCGAAAUCCGACAGAAAUGAAAGAAUACGACUCCAUUGCCUACUUGAAGGUAGGAUCUGAACACGGGGCAGUAGCCCGCUUAAAUAAAGGUGAUAAAGUUGAACAAGACGAUUUUGCGUAUCCCGAGGCUCGACUUCUCCGUGGCGCCAUCUCCCGCAUGGCUGAAAGACAUGGAGUCAAAAUCACACCCAAACCUACUCUAAGCUCGGCAGCAUUCACAUACGCAGGCAAUGACCCGAGGAAAAUGGACAAAUUUUUUGAAGAGCUGAAUGCUGUUCUAGAUCGCGAGGAACAUUACUCCGCUUUUACUCUCAAAGAACUACCAACGGGUGUUGUAUUAAUCUCAAAUCCAUCACAAAACAAGGGGCCACGACUGGAGAAGAUUCUACGGACGAAGCGAUGCACGAGCUGA